AUGCCCACAUGCAAGUCCUACGAUGACGUUGCAUGGGCCAUAAGCACCCAGAUCUGGAACGACUGGCUAGAACUCCUUCGCACCGAUGGGGGCAUCUACAAUGACAUUGGAACCAUUCUUUCCGAAGAGUUCAGCAACCUUGAAUGGGAACUGUUCGGAUUCCUCUCCACAGGCGGUUUCAAUACCUGUUUCAAAAUGAACUUCACCAGCAAUUUCGGCGCGGUUAUACGAUUCCCAGUGCCCGGCGCUGUAAUGUUUCCCGAAGAAAAAGUCCGCAACGAGGUCUCUAUCAUGCAAUUUAUCUUGGAGCAAACUGCAGAUAAAAUGCCAAUUCCAGUGCCUUUUGUCUUUGGUUCAACAGAGACAAAAGAGAGUCCCUCGGACUUGGGUCCUUUUAUCAUCAUGAACCAUGUCCACCACAAAGGAAGUAUGGCGGAUCUUUUGGAGACACCGGGACGCCAAGCAGGGCAGCCUCCUGUACUUAAUCCAGGCCUGAAGCCGGCCAGGCUAGAAGCUUUGUAUGCAAAACUAGCCAAGAUUGUUCUUUCGCUAGCUACUCUCUCCUUCAGCCGAAUAGGAUCCCUGCACAAGAACGAUAGUUCUACAUGGGAAGUACGAUCCCGGCCGCUGUCCUAUUCCAUGAACGAAAUUGUCCAGUUAGGAACACUGCCCCGAUCGAAACUACCGACUACUAUGUACGAUAAAGCUUCGUCGUACUUUGAAGCCCUGGCAGAGCUGCAUAUCUCACACCUCAAAAGCCAAAGGAAUGAGGCUGUUAUAGAGGCGGAUGUCGACACUGACCUACUAGCGGAUACUUUGCGGCGCAAAUUUGUCGCUAGAUUUCUCUUCCGGAAACUUGUUCGAGACCCGGAGCAAAGGAAGCAAUGGAUAUUGCACGACGAUGGCCCAUUCCAAGUCUGGUGUGACGAUUUUCGACCCGAAAAUGUCCUCGUCGAUGAAAACGAAGAUAUCGUUGGAGUCGUCGAUUGGGAGUUUACCUAUACUGCCCCAGUCGAGUUUACCUAUGCGCCGCCUUGGUGGCUUCUUCUUAAAAAGCCAGAAGAUUGGCCUGACGGUCUGGAUGAUUGGUGCACGGAGUAUGAGAAAGCGCUUCAGACGUUUCUUGAGGCCAUGCGGAAAUGCGAAGACGAGGCAAUCCAGAAGAAGCAGCUAGUUGAAGGCCAGCGGCUGUCUAGUCGGAUGUGGGACAGUUGGCAGAGCGGGGACUUUUGGAUCAUGUACGCUGCAAGAAACAAUUUUGCCUUCGACGCGAUAUAUUGGGAAAAGAUUGAUCAGCGACUUUAUCUCUUAGAACCUGGAGAGAAGGAGCUCAUAGAGGAUUAUGUGGAUUUGAAGCUCAAAGAGAGGAACACAUGGCGUCUCACUUGGGACCCAGAUGACUAUACUAUGGAGUGGAUUCAAAGGAUGAAGGAGAUAAAAUGGAAGGAGAUGGAGAGGGAAGAGAAGGAAAGGAUAGAGCAUCAUAGAGGAGAUGUAUGA